UGUCAAUGGAAAAGUGUUGUUUGUAAUGGCCGAUGGUAUUUUGCGUUUGGUGUAAAAUAAAUGCCAGGUUUUAUGUUUAUACACUGUAGUUAUGUGAACAGAAUGUCGGUUUUGGUUCUAAUGUUAGCAGUUAAUCAUUAUUUAGUUUUAAAUGUAUGACAAUGGAACUACCUAAACCUCCACAAGAAGUGGAAUUACGCAAUAUUAUAGACAAGUUGGCUCAAUUUGUUGCCCGCAAUGGUCCAGAAUUUGAACAGAUGACCAAAAAUAAACAAAAAGGCAAUCCAAAGUUUGGUUUUCUAUUCGGUGGAGAACAUUUCAACUACUAUCAGUACAAAGUUACCACGGAACAAGCAAUUCUGAAGCAGAAGGCGGCCCGCGACAACUGCGCGUCCCAGGGCAGCCCGGGUCUGGCCGGCGGCAUGUCGCCCCUGAUGCUGAACAGCCCCGUGGUGGCCGGGGGGAGCGGGGCGGGCGCGACGCUCUCGCUGGCGGCGGCCGCGCAGUGGCUGGCCGUGGCCCAGCAGCCGGCCAUCACCGUCGAGACCCUCUCCGUGCAGCAGAACCAGCUGCAGGACCAGAUACGCCAGAGCGAGCAGAACCUGGCCGCGCAGCACACGGUUCUAAUGCAACAGCAGCAAACUCAGAUUGAAGAAGCACUUCGAAAAUCCCAAGAAGAUGCCCUCCAACGCUCUGCAGAAGAAUCUGGCAUAAAUUUCCAAGAGUUUGAUGCCAUUUUGCAACCUAUUAUUGACUCGUGCACAAAAGAUGCUAUAUCAUCAGGGAAGGGAUGGAUUCUUGCAAGGUCAACAACGCCAAAGGCAGAUGAAGUAGUAGCUCUUCAUCUGCUGAGAAAAGUCAUUAGCCAAGCUGUCCCAUUCAGUCAGAAGCUGCACAUUAUCUACCUUGUGAAUGACGUCCUCCACCACUGUGCGAGAAAGAAUGCGGAAGAUCUUAAGAAGGCUCUGGAAAAUGUGGUGGUGCCAAUGUUCUGUAAUGCUUCCAUCGGCAUCACAGAGGAACAGCAGUCGAAACUGAAUAAGCUGCUGACACUGUGGGAGUCGAAGAACAACUACUUUGAGCCGUCUGUGAUGGAGAAGCUGAAGAACCCGUCACGGUCUUGGUCGGAGUACCAGGCAGGCCUGAUCACGCAGCACGCGUCUGCCAUCACGCCCAUAACCACCAGCACCAAGCAGACGUACGAGGGCUAUCAGACGCAGCACCAGGCCUUCGUGCAGCACGCCCUCCAGCAGAUACAGACCAUAGAGCAGCAGAAGCAGCUGCUAGAGCAGCAGCAACCAGCCCUCACAUCGGUCGUAGCUCAGCAGGCGCAGGUGGCAGGUGCACUGAGUGUGGAACCUCAGGCUCUGCAGCUAUCGCAGCUGUUGGCCUCCCAGCAGCCCCCACCCCCCCUCCCAGCCGCAGCCGCCCCCCACUGCCCCCGAUGCAGAACGACAUCGGACCACAGCACAGGCACCCAGGUAUUCCACCUCACAUCGGGCCACACAGCUCUUCGACUCUACCUCCUCACAGCUUGCCACCCCAGCACGGGCCACCCGAUAUCAACUUCAGCCAGCCUCCUCCGGGAUAUCACCCUCCUAGUUUUCCUCCUUCAGACUGUUGGUGUGGGACCGGGCCCUGCUGUUGGUCCCCCGUUGGGGCCUUCGAGGUCUGAAAAAAUGUGGCCAAUGGGCAACGAUCGCGACUACCAAGUGAUGAAACCUGUGAUGGAAGUCGAUCAAGAAGUAAUGACUGCUGAAACACACAUCAACAAAAGUUUACAAGCCACAAAACCAGAAUUAUUAGCCACCCGAUCACCCCACAAAAGAAAUGUACACUCAAGAUGGCUGACGCACAAAGAAGACUUGGAGCUCCCGGAUCUGAGCAAGCCUCCUCCUGGGUUCCCACUGCCGCCCAUCAACAACCAGGGCCCUCCUGAGGUUCACAUGGACGAGCUGAUGCCCAGUGUGCCGUACUUCGAGCUGCCGGCGGGACUCAUGGUGCCCCUCAUCAAGCUGGAGGAUGGAGAUUACAAACCCCUGGAUCCAGACAGCAUCCGCCUGCCGCCGCCGGCUCCUCCGAGCGACAGACUUCUCUCUGCAGUCGACGCAUUUUACUCCCUGCCCUGUCAUGACAGGCCGCGAGACAGACGCAUUGUUGACAGCGAGGGCUGGGAGAAGUUGGGUCUGUAUGAAUAUUACCGUGCUAAGAAUGCAGCUCGCAAGAAGAAAGAAGAAGACAUUAUGCAUGGUUUGCGAGAACGUUCCAGAUCUCUUUCCCCCAUUGUCAGAGUGAAGUCUAAGAGCAAGUCACCCCCUAAGAAAAGAUACAGAAGUAAGUCUAGGAGUCGCAGCAGAUCAAAUUCAAAACCACGCUCCAGAUCGAAGUCACGUUCACGUUCUCGGACACCACCCGGUCGACAUUUAGUAAAUAGAACAAAUUCCAACAACACUCCCUCGGGGUCGCCACCCAAGAAGCAGCCUCGUCUCUACAAGCCUUCUUCAAGGUCCCGUUCACGUUCCAAUUCAAAAUCCAGAUCGAGGUCCAGGUCAGGAUCUAGGUCCCGGUCCAGAUCAAGAUCCAAAUCUAGAUCAAGAUCCAGGUCCAGGUCCAAGUCCAAGACGAGGUCAAGAUCCAGAUCUAAAUCAAGAUCUGCUAGUCCAUCUCUGAAGCAGGUGCAGCAGAGGAGUCCUGAAAGAAGUCCUACGCCCCCAUCAUUCCUUGGCUCCAUGUACUCGAAGACAGAAGCGCAGCGGCAGCUAGACGAGAGUAACAAAGGCCACCAGAUCCUGUGCAAGAUGGGUUGGAGUGGUGCAGGUCUGGGAGCCAAGGAGCAAGGCAUAGAGCAGCCGAUAUCCGGGGGAGAGGUGCGAGACAAGACAGACAUGUACAAAGGGGUGGGGAUCAGCUUGAACGACCCAUACGAGAACUUCAGGAAGAGCAAAGGCCAGGCGUUCAUCAACAGGAUGAAGGCUCGAGCCGAGGAGCGGUUGUAGCAGCUGUCCAGUGAUGUGAGCUGACUCAGGCUGUCACCAUCCUUGAGUGGAUUUAUGGAGGAGUUCUUCAGCUCGUUCAAGGAGUUAUGCUAGUAUUCGUAUGCAGGUUUGAAGGUUUAUUUUUUAUUUUUUGGAUAAAAUGCUGCAUUUUUCCAGCUGAUUAAUGUAGGAACCGCGUGAGCGUCGACACGCUGACCCAACCACCCGUUUUCAGGUAAGCGAAGAAAGAGCAUUCCACUGAAACAAGGCAGACCUACUGUGCGACAAGAUGCAUCGUGGUGCAAAAUCGUUUUUCAAAUUGCAGUAGACUUUUGCGUACAUGUUUAAAAAUGGAUUUGUUGUUUAUAAAAACAAUAAAAACAACUUUCGUAUAAAAAAAAUUGUUUAUAUGAAGUGUUUUGAUAGUCUGGUGAAUGAAGUUAUAUCGGAAUAGAUUUGUUAUUGUAAAAUAAACUUUAUUUGUCCAAGAUAAGUGUCAAAUGUUACCUUCUAUUUAAAGUCAGUUCUCAUGAACUUUUUAUCUGCAAAAAAACUGCUAGUUUUCUUUUUUUAAAGCUGUGUCCCAGAACGCUCCAAAUGUGUGUCAGAAUGAUAUCUGUUGCAUGCUACUCAGAGACAGACCUGCUGUUUGAUCUACUCCUGAGGAUAAACAUCCGGAAGUGUCUUGUGAUUUGCAUAAUAAAGCUCCCCUUGCUGAUUUUUUCUAUGCAA